CUCUCCCGGAAGUUGCGCCGUGGAGCCAAAUUCGAAGCUAGUGAAGACGCGGAGGCACGGCCACCAAGCUGGACCCGUCGCCGUUUCCUUGGCUACCUCGGCCACUUGAGACCACUCAUCAUGCCUAUCCGUGCCCUGUGCACCAUCUGCUCCGACUUCUUUGAUCACUCCCGCGACGUGGCCGCCAUCCAUUGCGGCCACACCUUCCACUGGCAGUGCCUAAUUCAGUGGUUUGAGACAGCACCAAGUCGGACCUGCCCACAGUGCCGAAUCCAGGUUGGCAAAAGAACCAUUAUCAAUAAGCUCUACUUUGACCUUGCCCAGGAGGAGGAGAAUGUCUUAGAUGCAGAAUUCUUAAAGAAUGAACUGGAUAAUACCAGAGCCCUGCUUUCCCAGAAAGAGAAGGAAAAACGAGACAGCCAGCUCAUCAUCGACUCUCUGCGGGACACGCUGGACGAGCGCAACGCCACUGUGGAGUCCCUGCAGAGGGCCCUGGACAAGGCCGAGAUGCUGUGCUGCGCCCUCAAGAAGCAGAUGAAGUACUUGGAGCAGCAGCAGGAUGAGGCCAAGCAAGCUCGGGAGGAGGCCCGCCGACUCCGGAGCAAGAUGAAGAGCCUGGAGCGAAUCGAGCUCCUACUUCAGAGCCAGCGGCCCGAGGUGGAGGAGAUGAUCCGAGACAUGGGUGUGGGACAGUCCGCGGUGGAGCAGUUGGCUGUGUACUGCGUGUCCCUCAAGAAAGAGUACGAGAAUCUAAAAGAGGCACGGAAGGCCUCAGGGGAGCUAGCUGACAAACUGAAGAAGGACUUGCUUUCUUCCAGAAGCAAGUUGCAGACAGUCUGCUCUGAACUGGACCAGGCCAAGUUGGAGCUGAGGUCGUCUCAGAAGGACUUAGAGAGUGCUGACAAGGAAAUUGCGAGCCUGAAAAAAAAGCUGACGAUACUGCAGGAAACCCUGAAGCUGCCACCAGGAGACAGUGAAACUAUCAACCGCCUCGUUUUAGAGAGCCCAGCUCCUGUGGAGAUGCUGAGUCUGAAGCUUCGCCGGCCAGCCUUUGGCGAUGACAUUGACCUCAAUGCCACCUUUAAUGUGGACACUCCCCCAAGCCAGCCCUCCAGCACCCAGCAUGGCCUUGCCAAGAGGCUAUUCCCUGAGAAGGCACAUUCUUCUGUUCAGGAUGUUCCCAAGAAGAUGCCCAAAGGCCCCAGGCAGGAGUCCCAGCUCUCGCUGGGGGGCCAGCGCUGUCUGGGGGAGCCUGACGAGGAGCUGGCUGGCGCAUUCCCUGUCUUCAUCCGGAAUGCUGUCCUGGGCCACAAACAGACCAAGAGGGUCAGGGCAGAGCCCUGCCGCAGCACAGAUGCAGUAAGGAUAGGCUUCGAUGGACUUGGAGGCCGAACAAAAUUCAUCCAGCCUACCGACACAACUAUGAUCCGCCCACUGCCGGUUAAACCAAAGCCCAAGGCCAGGGCUAGGCAGAAACUGGGGGCCAGGACAGUGCCCACCCCCUCCCAGGCCACGCUGGACAAUUUCCUGUGGUAGUGAGAACAGUGAGUCUGAUCAGUGGCUGGAUACAUGCCUCUGGCACAGGCCGAGGACUGGUGACUGGCUUGGCAGAGGGUUUGGCAGGCAUGGCCCCUCUUCUAGGACCAGCCCUGUGGACAAGGAUAAAUAAGAAGAUGGGGGUGAAAGUGGGGCCCAGAAACCUGCUUUUCCUGCACAUACCCUGCCCCACCCCCGAUCAUACUGGGUCUCCCUGUGGGGGCUGAUGUGAUCAGUGUUCCUGCCAGCAGGGCUUGCCCCUUGUUCCAGACUUCCGUUUAUAGCCAUGAUCAGAUGUGGCUGGGCUACUUCUGAUCCUCAGACCAGGGUCUUUUGUUGACUGUAAGCACCAAAGUCUUGAGGCUUCUCAGGCCUCCUCAGCCUGCCCAGGCUUCUGCCUGCCUCUGACUUGCUGUUGGCAUGGCCUGGGCCAGGUAUGGCUGGGAAAGGGCAAUGGUGGUAGGGAGAGGAGGGGGGGAGAUUUCUAAGUGAAAUAAAAAAGAUAUGGUCUUUUCUUCCUGGCUCUGGGAGGGUAAAUUUGCACUCACUUCAAAAAACUGACUUGCAAAAAAAAAUAAAAAACUGACUUGCAUGAUUUUCUAAAAGGGGGACCUUCACCUAGACCCAGACCCAGAAAUUCCACCCUUAGGCAUGUGCCUUCUCAAAGGGCACAGGGAGACUCUAACAAGUGCAACAUCACCUAGCUUUGUCCACAGUCUAUAACCUGGGCACAGUGCAAGGCCAUAAGCAGGAGACCAAAUGGGUGAACCAGGGUCUAGCCACACAGGGAACUCACAGCAAGAAUAACAAUUGCCCUGUGACAACCCCUUCUUCACCUUCAAACUCUGCCAGCCAAAUUGCUAGCCUCUGUGGCUUGGCUUCAAGAGCACUUUCUCCCAGAAGACUGCUCUUUUACGUCCUAACUUGGGUGAGGAUUUGGGUUUCCCUAGUGGCUCAGUUGGUAAAGAAUCCGCUUUGCAGUGCAGGAGACCCAGGUUCAAUCCCUGGGUCAGGAAGAUCCCCUGGAGGAACUGGUAACCCACUCCAGUAUCCUUGCCUGGAAAAUCCCAUGGACAGAGGAGUCUGGUGGGCUACAGUCCAUGGGGUCGUAAAGAAUCGGAUACAGCUGAGUAUCUGAGCAUGUUAGGUGAGGACCCCUAACUUCCGUCUCAUUACUGGGUGGGUGUUCGCCUGUUUCUGCACAUUCCAGCAUGGACCUGGCACAAGAGAAAAUGCUUCAGACUCAGAGUGCCCGUCUGAGCCCUGCAGGUGUGUGGGAGCCUGGGGCUUCUUUGGGGGGGAAGUGAUGCUCUUGGUUAUGGGAGCUGGACUCCUUUGGUGCUGCCUUGAGCCAAGGAUGGUCAGGGAGGGGAAGUGCAGCAUCAAAUUAAGGGUGCAAUGGCUGGCUAAUAGCUUUCUUAUAGAUUAGUAAUCAAUUAGAAUUAAAAACCGAGAAAUAAAAAGAAGAAAAAAUAAUAAUAACAUUAAAAACCCAGUACCAUUUACAUUAGCACCAAGAAAGAAAAAGAAAGGAAAUAAAACAUUUAGAUAUAAAUCUAACAAAAUAUGUACAAGAUCUCUGUGAGGAAAAACUACAAAGCUCUAGGUCUGUACGUACAAUGGAACAUUAUUUAGCCUUUAAAAAAAAUUCUGAAACGUGCUACAACGUAAGUGAAUCUUGAAGACACUAAGCUAUGUGAAAUAAUCCAGGAGCAAAGGACAAAUUGUGCGGGAUUCCAUGUGUAUGAGAUACCAAGAGCAGUCAGAUUCACAGAGACAGAAGGUGGAAUGGUUAUUGCCAAGGAUGGGGAAGGAGGGAAUGGGAAGUUAUUGUCUAAUGGGUUGGAAGUUUCAGUUUGAGAAGGUGAAAUUCUGGACAUGAAUGGUGGUGAUGGUACAACAACGUGAAUGUCUGUAAUGCUACUGAACUGUAUAUUUUAAAACAUUAAAUGUCAUCUUAUGUAUAUUUUCUCACAAUAAAAAAAAAGAAAAUUCUGGUACAUGCUACAAGCUGGAUGAAUGUUGUAAAGGUAUGCUAAGUGAAAGAAACCAGACACAAAAGGGCAAAUAUUUUAUGAUUCCACCUAUAUUCAUUAUCUUCGGUAGGCAAAAUCAUGGAGACAAAGUACAAUAGAAGCUCCUAGGAAACAGAGGAUGGAAGAUUGACGAGUUAUUUUUUAAUGCAUACAGUGUUUCUUCUUGGGCUAAAGCUGUGGAAAUAGUGAUGUGGUUACACAAUACUGUAGAUGUAGUUCCUGGCACUGAAUUGUACAUAUUUAAAAAUGAUUCAACCCAGGCAGUCCAGUGGUUAAUACUCCGUGCUCCCACUGUAGAGGGCACAGGUCCGAUCUCUGCUCAGGGAACCAAGUUCUUGCAUGCCAUGUGGUGUGGCCAAAAUAGAAACAAAAUUAAACAGAUUAAAAAUGAAAAUAGUUAAAACCACAAUUUUAAAAUCCAUCUAUUUCUAUUUUAACGAGAGUGAAAAAAAAAAUCAGGAUUGGAUAUUGAAUGUCAUCAAAUGCCUUUUGGUGUCUACUGAAGACACCACUUCAGAAUCUGGUCCUGGUUUCUGUACCUAGUACAUAUGACACAUCCAAUAAAUGUUUAUUGAAUGAAAAAAAAAAAGCAGAAUUGCCUACCACUUUACACCCACUAGGAUGAGUAUAAUUUGAAAAAAAAGGAAAAACCA